AUGUUCAACUCUACGAGCCCACUUCUCGAUGGAACCCAGACUGAAUCGGAAUCGGAAGCGGAAGUCAUAGAUAAUAUACAAACACAAUCGUCUGGAGUUCACGAACAUUAUUUACACAAUUGUCCUUCUCUCAGACCUCCGCCAAUUGAACGUGAUGCGAGUGAAAUGUGUCUCGCGUCGCUCAAGUUCUUGAAGAAUUUAUCAGAAGAAGAAGCGUGUGACCCUCGUGCUCAUUCAUACAUUGUCGAGGCAGUCGACUACAUCACAGGGUUCAUGGACACACUGCUAUCAUGGGAACAGGUUCCGGACUGCUCCUUCGCAAGUAUAAUCGAGCUUUUGGGACCUGCCUUUCUCGCUCGUUUAUUCAAUUUGAGGAGCGUCUUUCGAAGGCUCGCAACCAAUGAACUAGCACAACAAGAGACAAAUUCCACGGUAAUAUGUUGGGCUGAUGAACUCAUCGUCAAGCUAUGCGCAUGUAUUCUGCAUCUGGCGACCAACGGCAGGAUGCAAGACAUCCAUAAGAUUUCCGGAAUUCAGUCAAUUAAAGCCAUGCAAGGCAACGAAGCCAGGAGAUCUGCGACUCAAUUACCAGUUCAUUUUAACGAACUUGCUAAUAUCCUGUCAUCGAAGACGGCAUCUCCCACUACUACUCGUAUAGCUCUUAUCGUAUUGUAUGGUGCCUACGCUCUGCGAGAACAGUUUCAGGCCCCUAUUGUGGCAUACGAUGGCAAGGCAGAUAUUUUAGCAGCAGCCGUAUACAGGCAUAUUGCUAAGCAUACCGUGGUGAAUACAUCGCCAGCCGCAAUAUACCUCUCAGUGCUUGCGGAACAUGCAAUGACGAUAUCAUUAUAUAUUCAUUGCAAUUCGAGGCACAACGAUCCACUCGAUGCACCCUUUGCAUGCCACCACGAGCACAUUCUCAUUGAAUUGACUGAUCUAAUCUUGGACCAUUGUCCGGAUGAGUUCACUUCCAGCAACUCGUCUUCUGGACCACUACUGAUGCUACUCAAUGACUUGGAGAUUAUGCGCUGGUUCUGGGAACGCUGGGGAGAUGGAUCAACAUCCGCUGCUUCAACUGCACUACAGCUGACUCGACUGUGGAUCCAACAUUACGGGCGCCGUGAGGACGAGUACCACCGAACUCAGUUUGAUGUGUUAUGGGCAGCUGCGCCUUGUUCAUUUCAAGCCUUGUUGCACGUCCUGGAUAUUCCCUCUGGAAGCACCCUGAACGAAAUAUCAAUAAUCGAACAUGCCUGCGACGCAUACAUUCAGCUUGCUAAGAGGGUCACGCCCGGCGACUUACGCUACGAUAAUGUUCUGGCUGAAUUUUGCAAGAAGAUCCACCCUUAUGUCUUGAUUCAAGACGAUAAUAAAUGCACUACCAAUUUGAGGGAGGUCAUAGUUGAACUCCUAAUCACUGUCGGUCCUGAUGUACUUAGGAUCGCAUAUGGUGACGCAGCCAAGACGGAAUUCCGAUGGAAUAACAGGGGGAUUGUCGAACAAACCCUUCAAGAUAUUGCGGGGAUGAUCGCCGGUGGCUCCGAAGAUAAACCCGAUGUACAAGCCGGCUGGAAUGAGCGACAAACCUUGCGGAUGAAACAUCUCCUGGACACCCUGGUGGUCUUAUUACACGCUAAAACAUGCGCCGCAUCGGCUGUUGUAGCAAGCACGACGUUUAUACCAACACUCAUACCUUGGGUUUCAAGACAGCCCGGUAAAGGUCCAAUAUCUGACACCACAGACUGGAAUACACUCCGGAGCUCGGUUUUGAUGAUACUCGGGCUGACGAAUUCUCAGUUUAAGAUUUGUUGCUCAGUACUGACAAAACGGCUCCCGGAAUUUGAUUUGGAUGUGUUCGUGAACACUGUGUUGGAUAGUGAUAAACUUACAUUGUCAGAGACCUGUAAGUCAAGAACCAACAUGAGUGCAUGUGGCGACCUUGACGACUAG